AUGGAGGGGAAAGGUAAGGAGUUAGCGGUUGGCUCUGGUCUGAGCAAGUCCCUUGAUGAAUCACGUGUGGACAGUCACAGCUAUUACCUGGCGCGUCGAACCACCAUGGAGAUGCUCCGAGACAGAGGAUACGAUAUCUCAAAUGAAGACAUUAACCUCACUUUACAGGAGUUUCGAGCGCUCUACGGCGACCGGCCCAACGUAGAUAGACUCCGUAUCUCAGCACAACAUUGUUCUGAUUCUUCAAAAAAGAUAGCUGUUGUGUUUUGCGGAAGUGGUAUAGUUAAAGUCAGUGCGAUACGCGACAUCGCAGCCGAUGUACUUGGUCGAGAAAAUUUAACCGGACUGAUAUUGGUUCUCCAAAGUGAUAUAACAAAUCAAGCUCUAAAAGCCGUUGAACUUUUCUCUUUUAAAGUCGAGUUAUUCCAGUUAACCGAACUGUUGGUUAACAUAACCAAACAUGUCUUGAGGCCAAAACAUCAUGUUCUGAAUGAGCAAGAGAAGGAAUCACUCUUCAAGAAGUUCAGUAUUCAGGAGCAACAACUUCCAAAGUUAUUGAAGAAAGACCCGACAGCGAAAUACUACGGACUAGAGAAAGGGCAAGUCGUGGAGGUCACAUACAAGGGCGAGGGCAGUGAAUCUGAUCAUGUUUCAUACCGAUGCGCUUGGUAA